AUGGAGCGUGAAUCUCCUUGCAAGGUGUGUCCUGUGGCGGAAGGCGAGCGUGUGCUCAUAGAUGGACCAAACGUCCAUGCCGUGGAGACCGUGAGGAGGAUACUGGCCAGCAAGAGGCCAAAGAUGCCAAUGGAGGCGAUGCACGCGAUGUGCGAGCAGCAGGGUGCGAAGUGCAGGGCGACAGCGCAAAACACAGACUCGGACGCGCCGUCGGUGGUUACUAUCGCGAAAGAACAGUGGGAACGGUUGGUUUCGUCCAUCAACAGCCUCAGCCUGGGGCCAGACGGGCCCGCAGCCGCGGGAGAGUCGACGGAGCACAAGGGGGUGCGGUGCGACGGGUGCUGGAGCAAGUACGGAGACGGUGCAGGGUUCAUCCGGGGGUUGCGGUACCGGUGCGUGUGCUGCGAUGACUUCAACCUGUGCGCGGAGUGCGAGGCAACGGGGUACACGGGGUCGCAGCACGACAGCGGGCACGCGAUGCUGAAGAUCAAGAACCCGCAGCACCCGUGGUGGCGGGCGCUGCGCAUGCCGGUGCACUACCGCGUGGUGUGCGAUGGAUGCAACCCGGGGGUGAUACGCGUGGUGGACACCGAGACGUGCAGCGAGGAGGGGUACAUCCAGGGCCCGCGCUUCCACUGUCUGCAGUGCCUGGACCACGACUACUGCGCCCGGUGUGUGGCGAACGAAAUGGGUACUGGCACGCACCGGCCGUCGCACAGCAUGGAGCUGAUCCGCUUACCGGGCUACCGCCCGACGCACACGUACGCCAGUCCGCGCUCUGGCGGCAUGCGGUGCGCGGGGCGCUGCGAGUCCGAUCUGACCGGCAGACAGUACUACCGGUGCAUCCAGUGCGACGCGUUCCAUCUCUGCGUGGACUGCUUCCACAAGGGCGUCGCCAUCGUCGAGCAUGUAAACGCGCAUGGUAUCUCGUGCCAGGACACGUCUCCUGCCAGUCUAUUUGUCGGCGAGCCCAGCCCCGGCGAGCUGCCAAGCCUAAUCAGGGCGCCGCUGGCUUCUGUCUGCAUAUUUGCCCCGGACAUUAGUGUGGCGGCGGCCACCUUGUUCUCGCAGGUCCACGACGUCAAAGAUCUCGAGCGCAUCGCCUCACAGUGUGCGGCGUACGAGAGCCUCGUGCCGCGCUUCGGCGCCAGCGCCGAGGAGCUCGAGCGCAAGCUUUCAUCCCUUCCGCCCAAGGCAACGGAGGAUGAAUUCGGCAUAUCUGUCACCGUCAGUCGCGUCGACUUCGCGUUGACCUUCCGUCUCCGCAACUACACCACGGACGCAAUUCCCUCGUCGUCCUCGCUUGUGUUUAGCCACCACCCCGUCGGCGGUAGCUCGCACACACGCACCAUGUCUAUAGGUCCCCACGAACUCCCCCCUGGCAGCUCGAAACAGCUCAAUAUUUGCUAUCCACACCAGACCUCCGACGGUGACCCCUAUUCGCUAUCGCUUGUGUCCCCAGCGGGCACCGCUCUCUACUCAGGGAAAGCCAGCUCGAUGCCCGCAGAUAUCCUCUUGGCGUGCCCCGGUGGCACACCUGCUUCGUCUGCCGCGUUCAACGCUAUGUAUACAAAUCAGUCAUCAGCGUCGGUCCCUGCCCCCGUGGUCAAUGCUCCAUUUCGCCAGUCUAAUUCCCCAGUUAUGCCCUCCGACGAGGAGUACGACCUCUUGAGUGAUAGUGACAUCGAAGUUGUCUAA